AUGGACUACACAACCUACCAGCAACCACAUGCGCAUACACACGCAUACGCGUCCACUCACAACGGUCAACCAGGCCCACCGGUGACCUCUCCCACCCAGCAAAACCAAGUCUCUCCCAUCAUGUCACAACAAAGUCAUGCCUAUGGUCAACAACCAGGCUCCAACGUUGGUCCUCACCAAGUCAUGCCAAUGUAUCAACAAGGCUACCCAGUCCAGGGCAUGCACUAUGGUCUGGGCGCAAACCAGAUGUCUCCUACACAAGCCGCCGCCAUGGCAACGGCAGCUGCCUCGGGCAAUUACAACUACAUGCCCGAGACAAUGCAGCCACUUGCGCAAGACCCUAGACAAUCACCACGCGUUGGACAGUCCGUCAAGGCUGAGCAAAGGCAAACGCCGAGGUCGCCAUCACAAAGUCACAUGAACGUCAACACAACUAUGGCUGGUCAAAUGGUAAUGCCAGCACCUCAGGCAAUCCCACAACAAAUGGUCGCACGCCGUAUGAGUCAGGCAGUCCAGCCUCCUCAGCCUGUCAUGCAGCAACAACGACGUGCAUCAGUCGCGCCGCAGAUGGUUCAGCAAGUUGUUCAGCAACACUCGUCACCCGAAGCCCCUACCGGUACUACCGAGGAAUCACCACUAUACGUCAAUGCAAAGCAGUUUCAUCGAAUUCUCAAAAGGCGACUGGCCAGACAAAAACUUGAGGAACAGCUGCGCCUUACGAGUAAGGGUAGAAAGCCUUAUUUGCACGAAUCCCGUCACAAUCAUGCUAUGCGCAGACCGCGUGGACCAGGAGGACGCUUUCUCACAGCCGAGGAGGUGGCUGCUCUCGAUGCUGAAGCUGCAAAGAAUGGUGGUAUGCCGAUGCAGCAACCUACCAACGGAGGAACCAAGCGCAAGUCUGGAGAUAAUCAAUCGUCGCCAUCCAAAAAGCCACGCACGCAGUCCAAUGCCAGGAGCAUGACAUCUGAAGAAGAUGGCCUUGAAGAAGGAUAG